AAAGUUUGAUGGGUAUUUAUGAAAUUUCAUUAAAGAAUAAAUGCCAUAUUCAGUUUUUCUUGUAUAAAAGUUCGGUUUGUGCUCUUUUCUCUCCUCUUUGGGCUUUGGGGUAUAGCAAAAUGGCGAACAACGACAGCUUUCAAGGUGUGUCAACUUGUUAUGUUUUCAAAAGCCGAUUGCAAGAGUAUGCCCAGAAAGUUGGAAUUCCUACCCCUGUUUAUGAGACUAUCAAGGAAGGCCCUUCUCACGAGCCUACAUUUAGGUCAACAGUGACCGUGAAGGAUGUCAGAUAUGAUUCUCUACCUGGAUUUUUCAAUCGCAAGGCGGCGGAACAAUCAGCUGCUGAAGUUGCACUCAUGAAAAUGGAAAGCCUUUCUCAGCCAGUGCAUGAAACAGGCUUGUGCAAGAAUUUGUUGCAAGAGUAUGCUCAGAAGAUGAAUUUUGCAAUUCCACAAUAUGAAUGCCGGCGGUAUGACACAGACGGCAAAGUUAUAUCAUUUUCAUGUACUGUUGAAGUAGGGGGUAUGAGAUAUAUUGGAGCAGCAGCUAGAACAAAAAAGGAAGCAGAGAUCAAAGCUGCUCGAACUGCAUUGUUGGCCGUUCAGUCUAGUGGUUUGGUGGAGCCCAAUGAUAAGCCUAAUGACUACUCUGCAUACGCCGUCAUUCCAAUGAAGAAGGUCACGGAUUUGGGUAUCAGCAACCAGGAGAGUGCAGCAGCUUUAAAACCAAAGAAAGCCAAAUUCAAGAAAAGAAAGAGGAAGAACGGUUCAGAUGCCAGUAAACGGAUCCCCACAGAGAAUACUGGUGAUGUGGAAGUUCAGAUGGUAAAUCAAGCAGAACCCGAGUUGCAUGAAAAUGCUGCUGUUGGUACUCAAGGUACAGAAUCUGGACCUGCACCCCUUGCAGCCACAAUGGAUAAUUUAGUUCCAUGCAACAAUUGGAGCUCUGAUGAGAUCAAUACAGCAUUAAUGGUGAACCAGAAUGAUUAUGGAACUUCAAAUCUUGGAAUCAACUUGCAGCAUGGUGGAGAUAUGACUGAGGGGAACGCCGUUACUGGAGUUGGGCAGAUAACUCCAGAUUUAGAUGUAAGUUCAGCCAUGUGCCUGGGAGAUGUAACCAGUUGGUUGGAGCAGCAACCUGCAUGUGCUACAGAUGCAGCAGAUCAAGGCCCGAGUACAAAGACGGAGGCAGAAAUAUCUUAAUAUGUUUGUUUUUGCAGGGUUAACUAUAUCAGAUGGGAACAAGAACAAUUAGAUUAUAGAGAAUACAUAGGGCGCUCAAAAAUUUUGCAUUUAGGUUAAGCUUUUCAUUUUAACAUCCCAAUUGAAAGGGUUGUUGAUGGUGUGCUUUUGCCCAAGUAGUUGUAACUUAUAUAGUCACCGUUACAUGCCGAAUGUGGUGUAGUUGGCACAGCCAUAGGUGCUUGAAUCAGACUGUGACAUUACUUGGUUUACUUCAAUUGCUUGAACAUUUGAUUUGCCUUUGAUGAGGCAACUUGUUGUAUGACAAUAUUUUAAGCUAUUACGCUAUCAUUUAUAGGAGCAGUUACCAGUCUUUACUUCA